UAGUACUUGAGACUUUAACUCUCUGUGUGGCAAAGACACUGGGCAAGAUGCCGUCGACAAAGACAAGACCUAUUGAGAAAUUUGCAAAGGCUGCCUCGAAGUGCUCGGUCGAGGCCGCUGCGUAUGGCAAAUGCGUCGUUGCGGACUACAAUGCCGUGCAAAAGGACAUGUGCGCCAAGGAGUUCAUGAAGCUCAAGGACUGCUUUCUGGCGGCCUCGAAGAAAGUUUAAUGGUGGAUGAUGGGUUGCAGGAGAACUACAUGGUUUAGGCGUAUUGGGCUGACUGGCUUUUGAUAGCAUGUAUGGCGGUGUCUGUAUAGGAAAGGUCUCUACAGGUUUAUGUAAAAAAUCUCAUCAUGAACGUGUGUAAUUUUAUUCAUCCA